AUGAGCGAAGAUGGUGUCGGUGAGAUUAAAGCCAGUGAUAAGGUGAAUGAAAGUGACGGUGCGACUGCGUUUGGGCGUGGUGUGGUGUGGGCAGUGACAGAGUGUGAUAUGCGCCAAAUAAAUCAACAGAAGGAAAAAAAGUUAUUUCUCAGAGAUCUUAUUUAUCCGGACAAUUUGUCUCAGAGACGGUGUACAGAAAUUAUAAUUAAUAGUCGGCUGUUUUACGAUAGUAAGACAAAGAUAGUAAUUAUAACAGCAGCUAUGUGCCUCCGACCAAGUGUCAGCAACGGAGUUUGCCUCCAACAGGUCAGAGCUCUACCAGUGUUACGCCAGUUAUCCAUGGCAGCACAUGAAACAGAUAGUCAACAGAUGUUGAGAGAUGAAGUAUUACCUGGCUCUUCUAAAAAGAAACUCGUCUUGUGGGAUAUAGUUCCUAUAUUUUCUGAUAAUCUAUCUAGGACUGCAUUCUCCAAUGAAUUCUUCAUUUUUAAGGUGUUUAGCACUACAAGCCAACGAAUCACACGUCACUUUCCCAAUUCUGUUGCUUCUUAUAGUUGUGUAUUACACGAUGCAAGACACCUAUUUACAGAUGAGGGAUCUGAGCCAUUUAAAACUACCACCGAACUGUGUGACACAGAACCCCCCAUAGCAAAUGCUAAAUUUGAAAAGAAAGAAGGCAUUCUAAAAGUCUCUUGCCUAAAUGGUUAUGUAGGAACCAAAAGCCUAGAAGAAAUUAAAUGCCAGAAUGGAAAGUGGAGAGAAUCUGAAAUAAACUGCAGAGCUCUUAGUCCCUGCGGGAAAGAACCAACUAUAGCACAUGUAAAUGUGACACACCUGCAACCGGGCACUCUGGAAGUAAGUUGCCAGGAAGGUUACAAGGGAACUAAAGAAGUAGAGAUUGUCACCUGCCAGAAUAAAACAUGGACACAAUCUGAAAUAAACUGCACAGACCUUUGCACCAUCUUACCAAAUAUCACCAAUGCUGAAGUCGAACUUAAAAAACCUGGUGUUGCUAAAGUAACUUGCUUAGAAGGCUAUCAAGGAGAAAUUGAUGAGUACGAAAUUUCGUGCAAAGACGGUAUCUGGAAACAAGAGAAAAUAAGCUGUACUGUACAAAAUGUAAAGAUAGUAAGUGAAAACCAGAUGCUGAAAUUCACCCAGUUCCUUUUGAGCGCAGCUUUACAUAAGAGGUAUCUCCUGUGUGUUUUCCUCACACAGAACCAAACAUGUGAUUGUCUUUUAGGCAAAUUGGAAUUCAAAAAAUGGGAAAAGAAGAAAAUUGUGAGCCACAAUGAUGAAAGAAUAUCCAAUAUAAGUCUUGAAGAAUGCACAACUAAAUGUAAAAAUAAACGGUGGUGUGUGUCAUUUGAAUACAGUGAGAAAUAUCGUAUUUGCCAUUUGAGUAAAACAGCACAAUAUAUGUUAAACCAGCUGCUAUUUGUUAAAGAGAAAUCAGUCAACUACUACGAAAAAGUUUGCCUAAAUGAACCAUGACCUCUUGCCAAAUAAAAAGAAAACUUGUA